GUGACAUUAGUAGGAAGGCAGGAGGGAGACUCAUAUGGGGCUAGCUACCAUGUAACACCUUGGAUCAGGUGGGCAAGGAGUGAGGACAUUCCCCUACAGGCCAAGCCUGUGACUUACUGGGAAGUGUAGUCCUGAAUCCCCACCAUGCAGGAUGUCAUCAGGCAGGUGGUCUGGGGGAGACCGCAGUGUAGCGUGGCUUCUCCCGGGGGCUGAUAGUGAGAUUGCCAGCUGUGAUCACUGGUUUAGUCCUGGCAGCGGCAAUAUGGUGACUGGGAUGGCAGCAGGGUCUCUCUCAUUCCCGGUGUGACAAGGGAUGGCAGGUGAUGACUGGCAGAUACCCAGGGACAGAGCAUUAUGUGGAGCUGUCAGCAGCGCCAAUCAUGCAGACUCCCUGAUAGUGGCGGGCCUCAAAGCCCUAGCUGUACCACCUCUAGUUCCACCCAUGGCCCAGGGGAGGGCUGACAAGCUGACUGACAGCCUCAUCCUGGUCACGGGCGGACCACCCAAAUCCACCUAUGAGUAUAUCUCAUCAGCGCACUUUAGUAGUGUGUCUGGAUCCUUUUGAUUCUUCCCCUCCAAACAGACAAAUGUGUCCAGCACCAGCUAGGCUGCACAGGGCAUAUGCGGGUAUCUCUGAGAGCCCGAUAUAGCAGGAGGGUGCCGUCAAAAACCAGUGAUCCACUCAGAGACCUACCGCCAUCACAGCCAGACACGUGUGCAAAUCACGCUGGGCUUUGGAGGUCUGAAUACAGACACCGGAAUCCUGACAGCCGAGAAUGCCGAUAGCUGCGCCAAGGAUAUUCACACUCGUAUCCACGACACCCAUAGAGUGGGAAUAGAACCUGUGGCAAGCGCUCACCACCUGCCGGCAUUCUGGUGGCUGGGAACCUGGGGACGGUAUUCUGACCUCCGAGAUUCAUAUCCCAACCCCUUUUGAGAAUUGCAGAAGUUUGGCUUUACUAUCUGCAGUCCUGCUGAGCAAUGGAUGCAAGUGAUACAACGUCAACCAUCCACAUUAACACAACACAGCAUAUAUCUACACCUGGGUCCAGCGAGGCUCACACCACUCGCCCGUCUCCGGCUGGGUCCAGCGAGGCUCACACCACUCGCCCGUCUCCGGCUGGGUCCAGCGAGGCUCACACCACUCGCCCGUCUCCGGCUGGGUCCAGCGAGGCUCACACCACUCGCCCGUCUCCGGCUGGGUCCAGCGAGGCUCACACCACUCGCCCGUCUCCGGCUGGGUCCAGCGAGGCUCACACCACUCGCCCGUCUCCGGCUGGGUCCAGCGAGGCUCACACCACUCGCCCGUCUCCGGGUGGGUCCAGCGAGGCUCACACCACUCGCCCGUCUCCGGCUGGGUCCAGCGAGGCUCACACCACUCGCCCGUCUCCGGCUGGGUCCAGCGAGGCUCACACCACUCGCCCGUCUCCGGCUGGGUCCAGCGAGGCUCACACCACUCGCCCGUCUCCGGCUGGGUCCAGCGAGGCUCACACCACUCACCUGUCUCCAGCUGGGUCCAGCGAGGCUCACACCACUCACCUGUCUCCAGCUGGGUCCAGCGAGGCUCACACCACUCACCUGUCUCCAGCUGGGUCCAGCGAGGCUCACACCACUCACCUGUCUCCAGCUGGGCAGCGAGGCUCACACCACUCACCUGCUCCAGCUGGGUCCAGCGAGGCUCACACCACUCACCUGUCUCCAGCUGGGUCCAGCGAGGCUCACACCACUCACCUGUCUCCAGCUGGGUCCAGCGAGGCUCACACCACUCACCUGUCUCCAGCUGGGCAGCGAGGCUCACACCACUCACCUGCUCCAGCUGGGUCCAGCGAGGCUCACACCCUGCACCCACUCACAGUACUUACCUCUCCAUCAAUGCUGCAGAAAUCACUGGGAAAAUGA